CCCCUUUCUGAAGAGUGAUAAAAGAGACACUGAAACACUGAAACCAGAUCAUUCCUCUCCUGACCGAACAUGGAUCUGCGCAUCACCAUUGCACUUCUCUUCAUACUCAUCACUGGAGGACACUCUCUCAAGUGUUAUUCGUGCAAAUCUGUUCUGAAUGGUGUUUGUGAUGCAAAAGAGGAGACGUGUGGUGAUGGAUUCUCAAAAUGUUACACUGGAACAGUGACAACUUCUGAGGGUUCUACAAAAACGAAAUCAUGCUCAAAGGCGGACGAUACGUGUUUAACUAUCAACGCAGAAACUGAAAAAGAGAAAGUUUCUUCUCGGUGCUGUGAUACAGACCUUUGCAAUGGCGCAGAUGGAGUCUUUAAGGGCAGUUUUCUUCUCCUGCUGUGUCCACUGUUCAUCUACUCUCUGUUUCACUGAAUUCAGCACAACUUCAGAUUCUACAAGACCACAAGCAACAACCACAAGAAUGUUACACAGUUUACAAAAUAGUUGACUAAAUUAAACUUUUUUAUUGCAGUUGUUUGUAUUUUACUGAUCAGAAUGGUGUAUCAAAUAUCCACAAAUUAUUCAAAUGCUAAUUUUGUUUUUGUGAAUUUGUAAAAGAUUCUGAUGUUUUAAAAGCUUAUAGAAACAUCAUGUACAACAUGAACAAGACAUUUAAAUUUAAAUUUAAAUAUUAUUCAAAAAGAUUUUUAGUUUGAAAUCAUGUGUGAUUUUCCAUAGCGUAACAUGUAAAACAAAAACGUAAUUUCCACUGAAACCUCAAAUAUUGUUUUAUUGCUAUAUUUUUGCACCCUGGCUUUUUAAAACUAAGCAAAGCAAAAAGUUUGCCUAACCCAACGUGUAAUAAAGUAGAGAGCUGAAAUGUUU